GAGUUUACCUCGGCAAUCCGAUCCAAUCUACCGCUGAGUAAAAAGAGAUUUAAUCACUGACGAAAUGCCCAAUUAGAAGAUUGACCUGAAUUAAAUGGGAUGAAAAAUACAUAUGUGUAUAUCCAGGUACAUACAUCCAUAUUUUCUACAAGGUGGACUUUUUACUGAUUCUACAUGCCUACCGACCCAUCUGUCGAUAUGCAUGCAUGACAUGUGGGAGCAUUUCAUGAAACUAAUAGUGGUUGUCACUGACAACUGCUCAAAGCUACUAGGAUUCUUGCAUCCGAUUGGCUCAUAACAAAUAAGUCCGUAAAAAAACAUAUUUGCUUCUUGAAAUAGUCCCCAAAUGUGUGUACAAACACGACGAAUGACAUGCGAGUUAUCAGAGGGAAUAUUUGGAAUAAAGCGCCUUGAAAAAGAAAUAAGAACAUGUGUGAUGAUGUACGAAUACGACUGCCUCGUCCACUGUCCACUAGCUUGGGAACUUAGAUUUGACAAAUAAUAAUAAUUUUUUCAAAGCUUACCUCUAAGGCUCUAUAGUAUCUCUCUGCGAUUUCUUAGAGACUACAGUCUGACAGUCGCAAAGACGUCGCCAAAAUAAAAGUUUCUUCGGUCUAUUAAACCGAGGAGACAUCUCUACGACUUAGAGACGUCCCCCGACAGGUGAUAAGCACUUUGCAGGAGAGUCGCGUGAAUGUUGCUGCAAACGUCUCCUAGAAAUCGCAGCGACGCGUCGCGACGUCGCAAAGAGUUUUCUUAGUUGCAGCGAAUACUUAGAGAUUUUCUAGCAACAACGCGACCGUCGGGCAAAGUGCUUGUCACCUGGUCUGCUUGGAGAAGUACAUCGCAGAGACAUUUUCUUGGAAAGUUCGAAGAAUCUUUAAUUUUGGACACGUCUCCAAAUCUGUAGUCUCUUUGCAAAGACGUCUCCUUUGGUGAGGCUUUUAAGUAGGUCUCAUCCGUCUCUCUGUUCUCCUGCCUGUCUCCGUGACGUCACUGAAAGGUUUAUAUUUCGCAGAGACUGCAACUGAUGGAGAUGUCUCGGAGACGUCACAGAUACAUCGCGGGAGACUGGAAACGGUCUCUCAAAAGUCUUUUGAAUAAUCGAGCAUGUUUGAUUUUCUUGCGACUUAUACUCCUCUGAGAUUUUAAUUUUUUUAGAUGUCUCAGAGACUAUAGCCAAAUAUAGAGUUGCAACCUUAGUCGCGAACUAGCUGCACGCUUAUUGAGAUGCCACCCUCAGAAUCUGCAUCAUUAUUGGAAGGAAUAUAGUACUUGACGUUCAGUUUGCAUACAUUUAUACUUGGCGAUGUUUUAUGGGAAUAUGAGUCUUUAAAGAAAUAUAACUUGUUUUGUGUUUGAAGUAGAAAUCUAGAGGAGGAUAUUUUUAUAAUCUCUAUAUCAUUACCAUUCACCUGGAGUUGACAGAUUCAAUGUUCAUUAACAAGAUGUUCAUAAUACUUAAUUUCAGAAUGAUUGGUGCCUGCAUCCACCAUGGCUACCACUGAUCUCGUAACCUGGUUCCCCACGGUGAACUCGACAGAACCAUCAUCAGUAACAGAACCUGUCGUCACACACAAAGCUCAAAGGACCUUCGUAGCUUGCCUCUUCUGCCUUAUCGGCGGCGUCGGGUUAACCGGAAAUAGCCUCGUUUUCAUCGCCGUCGCCAUGUCUCGACGGCUUCAGACUCCAACCAACGUUUUCGUCGUCAGCCUUAGCUUAUCCGAUUUCCUCACGUGCCUCGGGCUGCCUUUCCAAGCUGUUGCGAUUCUCAGCGAGCGUGGAUGGCCAUUGGCGGGUGGCCUUUGCGCAAUGGUCGGUGGAUCAGCCAUGAUGUCCUUGACAUGUGGAGUCGUCACCCUUGCUCUCAUUGCUACAAACCGUUUCACUCUCAUCACCCGCUCAAAGAGGACGUACACCACAUUAUUCUCCAAAAAACGGAACUUGAUCUACGUAAUGAUAUCCUGGCUGUACCCUCUUCUUGCAUUCGUUGUUCCUCAGCUCGUCGGGUUUGGGAGGCUCGGAUACGAUCCUUACUUCAAAUUGUGCGUAUGGGACACAUCGGACGCGCAUGCGCACAUCUACGAAAUCCUGGCUGCCAUCACCAUUUUCAUCGCUACCACGAUUAUAACCACGUCUUACGUCACAAUAUACAUUUUCAUUCGGCUGCACGUAUCCGUCAUGAAAAACCAUGUCGAUGGCAACCGAGGCGGUCAGUCAGUGAAGAUCAACCAAGUUACAAUGGCAGCCAAUAGCUUAAACAAUACCAACAACAAUGACGCGUCCGCUAUGGGAACAGGAACCCCUGGGGAUCGGCCAAGGAUCAAAGUUACCAAAAGAGAAAUUGAUAUCACCAAGAAUCUCUUCUACAUAGUCUGCUUCUUCUUUUUCUGUAUCAUACCAUAUGGAUUCGUGCUGGCGCUUACUAACCUUGGUGUAUUCCCUUGGUACGCAGGUGUCAUGUUCGUGGCGAACAGUGCUGUCAACCCCUUCAUAUACGCAAGUAAGCAUCCAGUGUUUAAGGAGGUGUUCAGAUGUAUGCUGACAUUCAGGCUUUCCGCUAUCCCAGAACCGUUGCCAUGGGUACAGUCACUAUUUCGCGCUGUUCCCGAACAUUAAUGACUCGUAGCAUCAAUCAGCAAGGUGAAAGCCUGGGGAGGGGCACUUCCAUUGAGAAGUGGAUACCAUGCCCAAGAGUGAAUGUAAUUCUUUACAGUAUAGUGGUUUAAUUCGUCAAUACAUUUGGUACCCAAUUGAUUCAUAAAGGUCUGGGAAUGAUUUCUGUAAUAUUGUUGACUUUUCGGCUUCCCAUAUUAUUUUGAGCACCGAGUUAGAUCAAUGUCUGAGUCAAACUUGACCUCAGACUAUACGGGCCAGUGGCGUUAAUCGUUAAUUAUUUCAUUUAUUGUGAUUGUGAUAGGGCUACAUAUACAUCCUCGCUUACUAUAAGAUUGAUCACUUGCUGUUUUUUGCAAUCACUCCACAAAAAAAGAAUAGUAAUUUUAUUUGUUUACUACUCUUCUUGCACAGUGAUAAAGUUGUGAAAAUGUAAAACAAAUUUCAUCAAAAGAUAAUUGCAAAUUUUGGAAACUGGACGCGAUUCUUCGUGAAUGUGUGUUUACUGUGUGGGUUUGUAGGAAGUGGGAUGGGGUAAAUAAUGAAAAGUCAUUUCGACGUCACAAUGUAUAAUGUUUUGAUGCAUUGUAACGUCGAAAUGACGUGUAAUUAAUAUCAUUGUAAUCAAUGUUUUAAUCCUAAUGCGUCUCCAUGAAAAUGCGCCUAGAUACAUAUGUUAGUUGGGCUUGUACCAUCACCAUGAUCACAUCGAGUUAUCGCGUCCGGUCGGGUAAUCGCGUAUAAACCGACCAUUUCCGAAACGUCGGGUUCAGUUUACCCAACCAUUUGAGAACGUAUUUAGCCUCUUAAAUUCCCGAUAGGUCAGAUGCAAUUUACCCGAUGUUUUUUUAUCAUAGCCAAAUAUACAAUGAAGGUCGGGUAAACUGGCUCUGAUGUCUCGGGAAUCAAUUUAAGGAACCCUUUUCUCGAAUGGUCGGGUUACGCGAUUGUCCGAUGUGAUGGCACAAUCCAGCUACUUGUACAUGGAAACGCAAACAUCAAUUAAUUUUGAUAUAUAUAUAUAUAUAUAUAUAUAUAUAAAAAUGUGUGAAGUUAUACAUGUACAACAGCUUUGGCAACUUUGGCAACUGUAAAGAAAGUGAUGAAGAGAACAAUGGUAGGCGUAGCUUAAAUCAAGGUUUCCCAGAGCUAUCUACCCUUUGGAAGAAUUGGUAAUGCCGAAAAAUGUAUCUGCCGGGAAUCGAACCCGGGCCCCCAGCUUUGAACGCCGGUGCCUUAACCACUAGACCACAGAGACGGGUUCGUGGCUAUAGGGCGACCCCGAUCCGAUUGACCAAAUUCUUCCAGGCGUGCAAAUUAACAACAAACUUUGUUGGAACUACAAUGCAUUACCUCUUCUCUUAUAUAUAUAUUAUAUAUAUAAUUAUACAUUAUAUAUCAUAU